UCUGGUAGGACAUAUACGAAGUACAUGUACGUAAGCAUCAGGUGACAUGUGUACAGUCAGUGCUAGCUGGAUGGCAACAUCAUAACACGGCAAGGUCGGCCAUGUACGGGUAGUUACGGUUAAUUGAAUCAAACCAAAACACCGUAAAGUCAUAUAGCGGCAAGGAGAGCUGGUGACAGGAUGUAAAAACUCUCAACCGCGGUGGCCAUACGGCAGACAGUUAUUGAGCAGUCGAGUGAAUACAUCCGGAAAGAAUUGCGGACUUCAGAACAAAGGAGCCACGUACAGUUGAUGUUCAACAUGACUUGAUCUGCUGAACACUUUUCAAGUUUUGGCAUACUUUGUAUCAGAGAAUACGAACUCGCACUCUAAACAAAAAUAUGGAUAACGGAACUGCCGUGAAUGAUACGGGGGACUGGGCGCCGGUGGAUGGCUCGAUGUCCACCGCCAUUAAUACCACACUGGACGCGAUCUCAGACGUGGAUUUGGAGCAGUGUGGAGACUUCCCCACUGAAGACAUUUUUGACUUGAGAGAUGAUGAAGAGACAGCCGCGGACUAUGUCUUAAAUGAGGGCUUAAAGAACACCAUGCUGCCCGUUCUGUACACAGUGCUGGUGGUGGGUGUCUUCGCCAACUUGGCGUUUUUCUACGUCAUUGCACGCGUCCCCCAUAUGCGGAACAACACAAACCUUUUCCUUGCGAACUUGGCCGUCGCCGACAUAGCAUUUAUCGUGAUCUCGGUCGGCAUGUACGUGACGUACUUUUCAGAGCCGGUGCGUAGCCACUACGGCACGGCCCAGCAUUUCGGGUGCAUCGGAGCUUUUGUUGGUCAGUACAUCACUUACUACGCGUCCAUUGGCCUAGUGACUCUGGUUACCGCUGAGCGGUAUGCCUCCGUCUGCCGGCCACUAAGGCACCGGUCGGUCAACACCAGAUGCCGGGCGAUCAAGCUCAUCAUCUUUAGCUGGAUAGUGUCGUUUCUCCUGAGUGGGGUAGCCAUGCUCCGGUACACCGACCUAAACCUGAAGUGCAUCAUCUGGCCGGACACGGACACAUUCCGAGAUCUACCUGUCAUUGCCGGCUACUGCCUACCGGUCGCGCCCUGGGGCCUGCUCCUGGCCAACCUGACCGAGUCCAUCCCUUUCCUUGCCGCCUUCGUGGCCAACAUUUGCAUGUACGUGGGCAUCAUCAGGCGUCUGAGCAAUCGCUCCGUGCUCAGGACCAGCACCAAGGAGGGCCAGGCGGCCAGUCUGCCCAUGAAGGCCCUGCAGGUCCGCCGACAGGUGUCCAAGAUGCUGAUCGCCAACGGGGUCGUCUUCUUUCUCUGCAACACUCCUUUAGUGGGCAUCUCUCUGGCUUUCAUCGUCAGCCAUCUCCGGGGAGUCCCCCUGCUGAAGAUCUACGAGUCCAUGGCCGGGAUGGUGGUCAUCAGUCACGGUAUGCUCUUCCUGAAUUCCGCCAUCAAUCCUUUCAUCUACAACGUCACCAGUAAGCAUUACCGGGAGGCUUUCGUGGACGCCUUCUGCUGUGCCGAUACCAGCGGGAGGCCCAGAUUGGAUAGCUCGUCUGUUGCCGUGGUAUCAGGCAGCAAGAAGCCGACGGUUGCUGAGAGGCAGAUGUCAAAUCAAGUCUGAACAAUGACACUGACAUGAAUCUGUAUAUACCGAUUACGUCAUGUACUCGGCUAACAAUGCGAAACAGUUUGAAUUACUGUUUAAAUACUGUGAUCUUAGACUUGAGAAGAUUUUGAGUAUUGACUAUAGAAAUCUUUAAAAGGUACGUUAACCCGUCGUAAACGUUGAUAAAAGAGGUCACAAAGUGACGAAAUCAAAAUUGAUGCCAUCCAUUGCUAUUUAAGAUAUUGCAGUGAAAAGCACGUUGUCAUGUUGUGUAUAUAUAUAUUUAAUGUAUGGAUGUUCCUCUAUAUAUCUAAUGUCUAUGUCAAUGUAAUUAUUGAUCAACGCAAUAUUUAUAACGUAAAGUUUGUCUAUUUUUGGCUGAAAAUUCAUAUUUAUGGUAUAAAGAAUACAAAAAUCAAUAUAGCUACUUUUAUUCCUAUUUUAAAUAAACCAAGAGCACUAUCCCUCCAA